AUUGCGCUGUGCAUAUGGUGGCUAUUCUGGGGAGCGGCUUCUUGCUGUGACAGAGACGAAGCAGAGUGCUUCGCGCGUGCUCCCCGCACCCCCCGCUCCGCCUACGUCACGACCACCACCGCCCUGCCCUGUUACCUCAUGCUUCCAAGCAUGCACCUCCUCACGCUGCUCGCGCAGCUCUCUCUGCUCCUCCUCAGCGCCGCUCUCGCUACCAAGGGCCUAGCGAUGCCGCACCACGCACCGCAGCUCAUUCAGCGUCGCCUCGAGCUGCGCUGUCCCCACUCCACGCCCUGGUACACCGCGCUGGAAGAUGGCGGCUCACGACUAGGCGAAUGCGACUCCUCCUGCCUGCCCCUCUCCUCUCUCUCCGGCUCCUUCAGCUGCGCAGAGUCAGACGCCUUGCCUCUGGAAUACUUGCAUGCGCCAGCUGCCUUUCGUGCACGCUUUCCCUUGCGCAGCGCCAGCUGCACCACGAGAAUGGUGCCUGCCGCCACGAGCGAGGAGAAAGGGGAGAAAGGGAAGGGCCUGGAUGACGCGGAAGCGAAGGAGGUGCUGAGGGCGUUUGCUGCGAGCUGCGAAGAGGCCGGCGGGAUCCUGACGAGGCCGAGAGUGCCGCUUUGGUGAGCGGCCGAGGAGAAGGAGAGGGGGGGGCGGGGGCGAAAUGCAUCGCACGAGAGAGCACAGCAUGAAGAGGC